AAAAAAUAUCGAAUGGAUGGUGACGGUACUGCCCAUAUGUGGCGGUUUGCGCAAUGUUUCGGUGACAAGGGAGAGGUCGAUGACAUUACUGAAGCCGACAUCAUUUCGACAGUGGAGUUCGAUCACACGGGGAAUUAUCUUGCAACAGGUGACAAAGGCGGUCGAGUGGUUCUCUUUGAACGGAACGAGAUGAAGAGAGGUUGCGAAUAUCGGUUUUACACCGAGUUCCAGUCUCAUGAGCCGGAAUUUGAUUAUCUGAAAUCGCUGGAGAUUGAGGAAAAGAUCAACAGAAUAAAGUGGUGCAAGCGCCAAAACUAUGCCCAUUUCCUCCUUUCUACUAAUGACAAGACCAUCAAGUUAUGGAAAGUCUUCGAGAAGAACCUCAAAGUUGUGGCUUCUAACAACCACCACGAUGAGCACCAGCAGCCCCUCCCGACACCCAUAGACACAAGUGCCUUGAGACUACCCCGUAUGCUUAACCAAGACAAGAUAGUGGCGGCAGUACCUCGCAAAAUCUACCAGAAUGCCCAUGCCUACCAUAUCAACUCCAUAUCAAUAAAUUCCGACGGAGAGACGUACAUAUCUGCGGACGAUCUACGGGUCAACCUGUGGAACCUUAACAUAAGCGACCAGAGCUUCAGUCAGUGCCUUGAUCUAUUCAGGAUGUUUUUACACCUCACUAUUCCUAGACAUGUUGACAUAAAACCUGUCAACAUGGAAGAACUAACUGAAGUCAUCACUGCUGCGGAAUUCCAUCCUAUCAACUGCAACCACUUCAUGUAUUCGAGCUCGAAAGGCACCAUCAAGCUUGCUGAUAUGCGUGAAUCGGCAUUGUGCGACAGACAUGCGAAGCAGUUUGAGGAAGAGGAAGAUCCGACGAAUCGUUCUUUUUUUUCAGAGAUCAUAUCAUCAAUUUCAGACGUCAAGUUCAGUCGAGACGGCCGAUACAUACUUUCAAGAGAUUAUUUAUCGCUAAAGAUUUGGGAUGUGAAUAUGGAGAGUCGGCCCCUCCGGACAAUACCGAUUCAUGACCAUUUGCGAGGGAAGCUGUGCGACCUAUACGAGAACGACUGCAUAUUCGACAAAUUUGAAUGCACAUGGAGUGGUGACGGGUCGCAAGUAAUGACUGGAUCGUAUCACAAUUAUUUCCGUCUGUAUGAUGUUCAUGGCACCACACCAGAAAUCACAUUACAGGCGGAUAAAUCAGCAUUCAAGGCAAAGAAGAUAGGCGCUGCUCCAGGAAAAGGCGUUGGGAAGGCCAAUGGUCUGAAGAAGGACGCGUUGGCGGCGGCGGAGCAGAUAGACUUUAAUAAGAAGAUCCUGCAUGGAAGCUGGCAUCCACGAGAAAAUACUAUCGCAAUCGCAGCCACAAACAACCUUUUCCUCUUCAGCAGCGUCUAAUCAAGCUAAUGCACGCCUUGCUUUCACUUUCACAUUUCGCACCUUACAAUAUUACCCGCACCGUCUGUGUCGCCGACAUCCAUUUCACACAUAGCGUUCGUUGCUGCUACUACACAAUCCAUACUUAUCAUUUGAUUGUAUAUAUACACCAGCAUUGAAGUUUCCGAAUCAAAGACGAUCUAAAGCAGUG